AUGAAAAUUUUGAUUAAUACCGAUAUUACGGCAGAACAGCAGCAGCAGAUCGAAUCGGUUUCUGACGAUCUUUCGCUUGUGCGCCCACAGAAUUCAGAAGAGGCACUGCGCGAAAUUGUGGACACUGAUAUUGUGUUGGGUGGGUUUAAUCGAUCGCUUUUUGCAAGUGCGAAGCAGCUGAAGUGGAUUCAAGUACUUUCUGCGGGUGUUGAUGGUGCGCUAUUUCCAGAAUUUGUUAGAAGUGAUGUUAUCCUAACGAGCGCGAAAGGGUUUGUUGGUCCACAUCUGGCAGAUCAGACAUGGGCUUUACUUCUCGGUCUCCUCCGCGGUAUUGGACGUUCGGUCCGAGAGCGGACGUGGGAUAAUCGGAUGUCAAUCCGUCUGGCGACGUGGGAGUUAAGCGAACAGACGUUGGGUAUUGUCGGACUGGGAGGAACGGGGAUUGACGUUGCGCGCCGCGCACAAGGGUUUGAUAUGCGCGUCAUCGCUGUGGACCCAGAAACGGUCGAAGCACCAUCGUUUGUUCAUGAAGUCUGGAAGAUGGAUCGGUUCCAUGACCUUCUUGCGGCAUCAGAUAUCGUUUCCAUCUGUGCACCGUUGACCCCGGAGACGCACGGUAUGUUCGAUGAUGCGGCGUUUGAACAGAUGAAAUCGCAUGCGCUGCUUAUUAACGUCACGCGCGGCAAGAUUGUAGACGGACCGGCACUGCUCCGUGCGGUCACUUCAGGGAGUAUCGGCGGUGCGGGGUUGGAUGUCACGCCUGAAGAGCCGUUGCCUGCCGACAGCCCGUUAUGGGAUCUGCCGAAUGUGAUUAUUACACCGCACGUUGCGGGUGGCUCACCGAUCCGCUUGGACAGGAGUAUCGGGCUUUUCUGUGAUAAUCUGGAACGGCUCCUCAUUGGCAAACCGCUUCUGAGUGUGAUUGAUAAGGAAAAAGGAUACUAA